UGGAAGCUUUUUGCGGUCGCCACUGAAAAAUCCCUGCCCUAAAUUUUUCUAGGCUUUUUUUCCUGGAUUUUCUAUAUUUAAAAACUCUGGGUUUUCACCACAAUGCAUGAUGCUUAGGCAUUGCAUUCUGGUUUAGGGCCUGGGGAACCUCAGUACCCUUUUCUAGUUUUUUUUCAUCUAUGGGUUGAUGGUCGAAGGACUUUCUUGGUCUUUCUAGUCCUUAAAGGACUGGUUCGUUUGGUGUUUCUAGUAACUGGCAUUGCAUUGUAGUAACGGUUUGGAAGAGUUGCAGAGCCUUUUCAUGGGUUAUUGCAUGAUGACACUUGUUCUUUAGGGCUUUUAGGGCGCUUUUGGCUAUGGAUAACUCUUGGCCAGGUAAAGUUGGUCCCUCUUGGCCAGGGCCACCUUCUUCAGUGCCUCGAAACCAGUUUGAAAUGAAUGCUGAUCAGUAUUUUUUGCAUACCUAUGCACAAGAAGCCAAUGUAUCUAAUACAAUGAACUUUGGUUCUACCCCAUACAACUGCAAAAUGGCGAAUCCUGAGUUUGCAAACUCCUUUAUUUCUCUCUUAGCGGGGGGGCCUUCUCAGCAGAUUUGUGGUGAAUUUCAACAACUAACUAGUUCCAGAUCGGGCAUGGCUACCACCAGUCCUCCUAUCAAUGAAAACAUUGUUAAUGGACCUGAGCUCUAUCAGGUUAUUGGAUCUAGAAAUCCAUUGGCUUUCAAUAGUGGAAGAGGCCUUGUUUUCAAUGAUGGUAAUCUUCAACCCAAAAGUUCACAUCUUCAUGGGUCCAAUGCUGCCAAGCAGGUUUUUUCUGAUCACACUCCUCGUGACAAUGAGAUAGUAUCGCAGCGAUCACCUAUUCAAUGGCUCAUUGGUACCACAAAUACGAAACAACAAAAUAAUGCACAUAUUUCAAGCUAUACACGAUUUAAAUUACCAUCAGAUUCAAAAUGUGAUGUGAUUGAUCAGGCAUCUUCCAUUGUGAAAGGGCUUACACGUGCCUAUUGCCUUGGUAAAAGUGGGGAUCUUCUUCUUAUUGAAGGGGGACAUCUUGGAAUUGUCUGCUCAUGUCAUGGUUUGCAUAUGUCUGUGGCAAAGUUUUGCGAGCAUUCAGGAAGCAGUGUCAUCAAUCCUGGGGAAGCUGUUCGCACUGGAAGUGGCGAGACUGUUGCUCAGUGGCGCAGAGAGAAUUACAUAAAAUUAGGGAUCAAGUUGCCAGAUGACACUGCUGGCUGGGACUGGCCUGAUGGAAGCACUGCAAAUGCUGGGAAACCAAAAUACAAAUCAGCUUGCAUUCAGAAGAAUCAGAAUAUUGAGAAGAACUCUGGUGUUUCUCGUCAUGGUUAUCCUUUUGAUGGACAACCAAGGUCUGAACAACCUUGGAACAAUGCAAAUUCUUUUAAUUACCCUCGUGGGGGACUUGCCAUACUGGAAAGUUCAGCUAGUAGGACAACUGAGAUAGUCCGUCCAAAGGAUGGUGACAAUUCUAAUCUUACUUCACCCAGUAGCAUGCCUGCUUUUGUGAGUAAUCAUACUACACAUGCAUUAAAUGAUACUUUGCCUGGCCCCAAGGUGACAAGAGCUUCACUGGACAAAGGUUCUGAGCAUUGUGAAUACCAAUCUAUUGUCGAUUACAUUGAGUUCAUUAGCAAAGGUGGCAAUCCAUUUGUUACCAAUCAAAGGUCAACGAACCUGAAAUCUUUCAAUGGUGGUUCUACUGCAAGAAGAUGCAACAGGACAAGGGAAGUAUUUAUGCUGGAUAAGGAUGCUAUGGCAUCAAACAUUGAGUUGAGGCUUGGGCAACCAUCUCAGCAGAGCCAGGCACGCAAUUGCUCACUUCCAUCAUCAAUACGUUCUCAAUCAUUCAAUGCAAUUGGUGAUCAAAAGUCCCUAUUUUGUGAACAAUUGAUCCAGAGAGCUUCUGGUUCCAGGAUAACUGAGGAAUCUAGACAAAACUUUCUACGUCCAUCAGACCUGUCAGCAAUGAAAGAACGUGAGAAAGAGAGUAGAUUAAAUUCUGUCAAUCCCGUAAAUAGGAGCACACAUGUUGGGGAACCUGGUAUCGUUAACCUCCUUGAGGGACACAUGUCUAAGAAUUCAAUAAUGUCAAUGCUACUUUCACCCAUGGAGAAUUUUGGUACUAAUGAAGAGGGCCUAAUGUUACAGCCUAAUAGCAAUAUGGCUCCAGAGCAUCUUGUGCCGAAGUUAAUUCACAGUAAUUCUCAACUUCUGAAAUCUGGAACAAAUUGUUUCACAACAAACAAAUCAGAGAUGAUGGAGCGGAAAUUGGCCAACCAUAUUGAUGCGGUCAAAAUGUCAAGGGACAUGCCCAAUGGUUCCUCUACCUUUUCAAGCAUUGGCUCCACUGUUCAUGUGAAGCAAACGGGAGAUUCUUUACUUCAUGGAAUCAGUGUUGGGCAUGGUAAUCACAGCAAUUCAGUUAUGCUUGGUGGACAAAGUCCUGCCAAUUUGCCUCACCCAGCUAUUAUAUUAUCAGCUGAACCUGAUGUCAGGAACACAUCUGAUCAUUUUGUGAAGCCAUCCUGCAACGCCAACGCCAAUGCUAAUCCUGAUUCUUUUUUUCAUAGGGCUGAUGAUUCUGCCGCUUCAACAGGAUCAUCAGUGAUGCCAGUGAACUUCUCAGGUUGGAAUCCAAUAUACUUAUCGAAUCUGACAACUAUACUUCCUAAUGGGGACUUGACUGGUUUAAGGCAUCAGGUGUCCGAUGAGAAUCUGAGAGCACCUACAUUGAGAAGUUUGCCUCAGGUGUCUAAGCAGGAUAACAAAGCUGCUACACCUUGCAUGAACCUCGAUCAAGGACAGUUUUACUGUCAUUCAACUGUACAGUUGCCAAAUGAUUAUUCUCAACAAGAAAGAUUUGGACCUGAACCAAAGCAGGGACCAGUUCUGAAUGGUAAUCAGGAUACAACUGAAGAGCAAGAUAAAACUACACGAUUUUGCUGUAAGGGUUUAUUAGAUGGUGGACGUGAAAAGUUGAGUUGCCUUACAGGUCCAAACAAUUAUUGCAAGUGUUGCAAUUUGACUACUGCACCCUCUAUUUCAUUACAGCCAAGGGGAAUUGAUGUUCACAGCUCUCAUUGUCAUCAAAAUUGCUGUGUUGAGCAACCUUUGCUUAGACUUGCAAGCCGGAGCAAUCAUCACAACAAUUGCUGUGUUAAACAUGCGAGAUGCAACCAAGCGGAACCCAAUCCAUGUGUCUGUAGUAACUUCUGGUGUGCAGAGCAUUUAAAGUCAUUUGCAGGAAGUUGUUCUUCCAGAAUGGGAGCCCAUGCUGAGGGAUCCUUGAAAGAGAACAAUGGUAACACUGCAGUCGACAAAACGUCACUUCUACUUCCUCCCUCCAUUGAUGAUGGGUUUAGAAGUUCAUUGGACAAAACCACUGAAUUGAAGAGAUGUGAGAACUUAGAAACUCUAGAUAUUGUGAAAAGAAGUUGUAAUACGAUGCAAUGGAGAGAUGUUCCUGGCAAGAUAAUGGAUAGUUCUGCUACUACUGACAUUGAGAGGCCAGCAAAGAUGAUGUGUAGGGCAAGAAAUGAAGACCAACUUGCAGAUACAGCCUCAAAGCGAUUUGAUGAAGGUUGUCAAGAUGCUGGGUCUUUAAAAGAGCAGCAAAUGUCUAAUGUUUGUUCUGAAAGUUCUGCAGCUGUGGUGACGGAGUUUUCUGGUAGAUGUUUUGUUAAUUUGGAUUUGGGAAGUACAAGGUCCACAUGUGAUGAGAUUGUUGAUGAAGGCUCCGGCAUAGAAAAAUGCUGCUCCUCUGAUGCACAUAAUGCGGGUAUGUGGGCUGAAACUGCUAAUUUGUCUGGUAACACAGAUGCAGUAUUGGGAAGAUCCUCUACUCUGCCAAGUCAUUCUACUGAUCCUAUUAAUAAUCUUAAAGUCAGAAGCUCCCUUAGAUUGAAGAAGGUGCGGCUUCCUUUUGGUUCUCCCAAGGGAGAGAAUGCUGUUCAUAAGAAACAAGUUGGUGGGGCCUUUAAAAUAGAAAGAAAGAGGAAAACAAUGAAAUGGAAAAAAUUAGAUGCAUCUUUAUCUGGUUCUGGGACAGAUGACAGGCAAUACGAACUUGUCAAUCGCAGCAAGUGUUCUGCCAUGUGUGUUUAUCCCGAGGUGGAAAAGUCAUCUCAUGCUGACCUUGGCCCGACAAAAUCAUCUUGUUUUUGUACUAUUGCAACCUUGGGUCCAAAACGAAAACGUUCAACGUUGACAUCCAGUAGACCCCUCAAUUUGGUGGGGGACGCCUGUACAUUGGAUGGCCCUAGCAGGAAGUAUAUAGAUUCUGGACAGGGCCGUGUAUUACAAGUACCUAUCUUUCCAAAAGAAUGGAAGAACAAUAGGGAAAUGACUAAAGAUAAAGACAAAUCAGGUGUGCAACAUGGUGGAGAGGACCCAAAUGUUCAAGAGGUUCAGAAAUACAGUAAAAUGGGAUUGGGCAAGUCCAUUUCAGCUUUACCAAACAAUUACUGUAAUGAUCAGAAGGCACGUCCGAUAGUAUGUGGAAAUCUUGGUAUCAUUGCCAAUGUAAACUCAGCUGAAGGUUUGCAAAAAGCAGCAAAAGUUGUCUCGUUAAGCUCGAUCCUCAGAAGAGCUAAAAGAUGUACAAAUGAGAACCAGGAGAUGAGAUUUUCUUCUAUGUCAGAGACCCAGAAUAAAUUUUCCAACAGAAGCCAAGGAUGCCAUACCACCCCCUGUGCUGCUUCAAGAGUGAAAGAUAAAGAAGGUCACGACUCAGUGGAAACUUCUGCAGCGGAUUGGUUUUCUGCUAUUCAAAUGCAUCAGACUGCAAAUGCUGUCAAAGAAGUUCGCAAGUACAGUCUUAAUGAGUUAACUCAAAAGGGGAAGCAUGCCAACAAGCAAGCUUGUUUAAAUCAUCUUUCCAGGCAAGAACAUCUGCAGUCAAGAGAAAAAAAUUUGUGUCCUAGAAGUGCUACCCAAAAUGACAAGUUAGUUGAUAAUCUAAAUGGCAUUGGUACAGAGAAGCAAUCCCGUACUCCAAAUUCAUGUACUAGGAAGAACUCAAUAUGCAUGCAGCGGUCUGUUUUCAGAACGUCAGAGAAGUUAUGUUUGGAAAAUGUGAAGGAAACCCAAGGUCCUAUAGAUGUUUCUCAUGAAGUAAAAGGAAAAAAAUCCUCUACUAAAUGUCGCAAGAGGAAAGCUUUUAUUUUGGACUCUGAUGUGUUCUGCUGUGUUUGUGGAGGUUCUGAUAAAGAUGACUUUAACUGCAUACUAGAAUGCAGCCAGUGCUUAAUCAAAGUGCACCAAGCUUGCUAUGGUGUCUUAAAGGCACCCAAAGGUCGCUGGUGUUGUAGACCAUGCAGGGCGGAUAUCAAAGACAUUGUCUGUGUUCUAUGUGGCUAUAGUGGUGGCGCCAUGACUCGAGCACUGAGAAGUCGAAAUAUUGUGAAAAAUCUGCUGCAGACCUGGAAAAUUAAGAAGGGCCGGAAGUCACUUGAUCCCUUCCAUCUUUCUGAUAGUAAGCAUGACGAUUUGAAUGGUCUAAGUGGUAAAUUAGGGGGUGGACCUUCUCGGCUUGAGAAAAUGGAUUCUAUCUCUGCCAUGAAACCUGGUACCUUGGAACGAGUCUCCAGAGUGAUGAUGAAGGCUAAUACACUGGAUGCUACAAGUAUCAUGAGGAAUGCAGAUAUCCUGGUCGAUGAUUUUCAAGUACAUAAUACCAUCACUGCUGCAGUACUUGAUCCAAACGUUACACAAUGGCUACACAUGGUUUGUGGGUUAUGGAUGCCUGGAACGCGGUGCCCUAAUGUUGAUACCAUGAGUGCCUUUGAUGUAUCUGGUGUUUCUCCUCCAAAAAGGAAUACAGUCUGUUCCAUAUGUAAACGUCCUGGAGGCUCCUGCAUCCGGUGUAGAGUUGCUGAUUGCUCUGUCUUUUUUCACCCAUGGUGUGCUCACCAAAAGGGCUUAUUACAAAGUGAGAUUGAAGGUGUCGAUAAUGAAAAUGUUGGAUUCUAUGGGAGGUGCCUAUUUCAUGCUGUGAACAUUAAUUGUCUGACCAAACCUGUCCAUCUUGUGAAUGACAAAGUUGAGGAUCAUUCUGACAAUAAGGACCCCACUUGUGCACGGACUGAGGGUUACAAGGGCCGAAAGAAAGAAGGAUUGCAUUACGGUUUAAGAGGACAAUCAAAGGAUAAUAGUGGUUGUCUUGUUCCUCAAGAGCAAAUAAAUGCCUGGUUGCACAUUAAUGGUCAAAAGUCAUGCACGCGAGGACUUAUAAAACCUCCAGCAUCAGAUACUGAAUAUGAUUGCAGAAAAGAGUAUGCCCGCUAUAAACAAUCAAAGGGUUGGAAGCAAUUGGUAGUCUAUAAAUCUGGCAUUCAUGCGCUUGGUCUUUACACUUCCCAAUUCAUUUUUCGUGGAGCUAUGGUUGUUGAGUAUGUCGGUGAGAUAGUGGGUCUUCGUGUUGCUGAUAAACGAGAAGCCGAAUACCACUCUGGUCGAAGGAUACAGUAUGAGAGUGCAUGCUAUUUCUUCAGGAUUGAUAAGGAGCAUAUAAUUGAUGCCACUCGUAAAGGUGGCAUUGCUCGCUUCGUGAACCACUCAUGCUUGCCUAAUUGUGUCGCAAAAGUUAUCACUAUCAGAAAUGAGAAGAAGGUUGUUUUUUUUGCAGAAAGGGAUAUAAACCCAGGAGAGGAGAUUACUUAUGAUUACCACUUCAACAAUGAGGACGAGGGUAAAAAAAUUCCAUGUUUUUGUAAUUCCAAAAAUUGUCGGCGAUUUUUGAAUUAGACUAUGUUGGCCUUCCUUAUUCCCCUCAAUUUUGCCUCUUUACUUUUGUCUCCUCGAUUUUGUCUCUUUACUUUUUCUUCUCUUGCCUGCUCUUUUUGCAUUUUUGGCAGCUGCAUUGUGAUGCCUGCAACCUUUUUGUAAUUAUUCCUGCCUUCAAUUUAUUGAAAUUAAUAGCAUUUUGCACCUUGUGUUUAUACUUCUGUAAGUUUGAUCUUUCUAAUUUAUUGAGAUCCAUUAUACUGGUUGAUUGUUAUUGAGAAGAUGAUAUCAAUGUCCAUUUAAAUUUUGAGAUUGCAA